AUGUUAAAAAUUUUGUACUUUUUGUUCGUCUCCAUAUUUUUAGUUAAUGCAAAACAUGAAGAAUUCAUAGGGCACUCUUUAUAUGAAGUCAAAGUACACAACUUAAACCAAGUAGACGACCUUAAUGCCAUAUUAGAAAAUCUAAAUCUAGAUAUUUGGUCCCAUGCAGUUCCUGGAAGUGAUGGGUUUAUUUUGGUAGCAAAAGACUUGAAAGAAACAUUCGAAAAUAAGCUUAGAUCUAUUGGCGUUGAAUACAAAAUUGAUACAGCUAAUAUUAAAGAAAAACUAGAUCUCGAAGAUCAGCUAUUAGCUGAAGCCUAUAAAACGGCUAAUGUAUCAGAAUUGGGUAGAUCAAGUUCCCGCUUAUCUAUGAAUGUAAUUCAUCGAUAUGCUGCGGUUGACCAAUAUCUUACGGACAUAGCGAGGAUGUUCCCCAACGUGGCUCGUGUGGUAUCAGCAGGAAGAAGUAGGGAAGGGCGUGAUAUCAAAUAUUUGAGAAUAUCCAGUGACAACUUCCAGAAUACAAGAAAACCAGUCGUAUUCAUGCAGUCUCUUAUCCAUGCUCGUGAGUGGAUCACACUUCCAAUAACGUUGUACGCAAUUCAGAAGUUGGUUGUAGAUGUGUCGGAACAGGAUCUCGUGCGUGACAUCGACUGGAUCAUCUUACCUAUUGCCAAUCCCGAUGGUUACGAGUUCAGUCAUACUAAUACGCGUAUGUGGAGAAAGAAUCGAGUCAAUAACGCCAUCGUGUUCUGUCCUGGAGUAGACCUUAAUAGAAACUAUGAUGUCAACUGGGGAACCGCUUCAAGCAGCUCCCCCUGCACUGACACCUUCCACGGGGCCCAUCCCUUUUCAGAACCAGAAACUCAAAUCACCAGAAACAUUAUCAACAGUUUCAGAUCUCGUAUUUCUCUAUUCCUUGAUAUUCAUAGCUUCGGUAGUAUGAUCCUCUAUGCAUAUGGCAACCGGACUCUUCCAUCUAAUGCUCUAACCUUAAAUAUGAUAGGUGUUCAAAUGGCUCAAAGAAUCGAUGCUGUUAAAUGGCCCAACAACCCUAACUAUAGAGUUGGAAAUAUUGUCGAUGUUAUCCGGUACUUCGCGUCUGGUGGUGCCAGUGACUACGCUCAAACCAUGAUUGGUCAAGGAUUUUCAUACACUUAUGAACUACCCGCAUAUAGAAAUGAAAACGGCUUCAACGGAUUUUUGGUAGAUCCAGCCUUUAUUCCUCAAGCUGCUUUCGAAACAUGGGAAGGAGUCAAAGUAGCUGCUAGAUACGUAGCAAGGAUC